GACAGAGCCAGCCGUGCUCUUGGAGGGGGAUUCUGCGCGUUGCCGUGUUGUGUUGGCGUUCAAGGGAACGCUGGGUAUUCAUGCAAAUGGAUGUGAGCAGAGUAAGCCCAGAAUGGAGAAAACGAGUUCGUUCCGAAUACAUGCGACUCAGGCAAAUAAAACGCUUCAAGAGGCAUGAUGAAGUCAUGGCGGCAUACAUGACGAACAGGCGGUUCAUUAUUGAAACAGCAGCCCUCUUGCAAAAGCAACAGACGGAGACCAAGGCCAUUCCUCUUUUUCCUACUGACAUGCCCGUACACCUUCCUGUUAUGAAAAAGUGUGAAGUAGAGUUGGCAGAUGGAACCAAGCACGUAGCACCAAUGCGCACAAUGUACGCUGUCAAUCCUAUCCCAACCAUGUACACAUGGGCACCUACUCAACAGAAUUUCAUGGUGGAGGAUGAGACUGUACUGCACAACAUUCCCUACAUGGGAGAUGAGAUUCUGGACCAAGACGGCACCUUUAUUGAGGAACUGCUAAGGAACUAUGAUGGCAAGGUGCAUGGGGACCGAGAUGCGGGGUCAGUGAAUGACGAACUUUUUAUUGAACUGGUUCACGCUCUCAUGGCCUAUGAUGAUGAGCCAGGAAGCAGCAACCAAGCAUGCCUCACCUCACUGCAGCCAUCAGGAUAUUUUAGUGGAAUUUAUUUGGGUAUUGUUAAGUAUCAUUACUUGAUUAUGUAUGUGGUGCCACAAUUUUCUCUCCAUACAGAUCAGUUUGAUGUCCAAAACAUUUCCUGCAAAAAUGUGAGUGUACAGAGGGGCCUGAGAAAGCACCUGUUGCUGGCACCAUCCGAUGUUGCUGGCUGGGGGAUAUUCUUGAAGGAGACAGCUCAAAAAAAUGAAUUCAUAUCUGAGUACUGUGGAGAGAUCAUUUCACAAGAUGAAGCUGAUCGUAGAGGAAAAGUGUAUGACAAGUACAUGUGCAGCUUUCUCUUCAACCUGAACAAUGAUUUUGUUGUGGAUGCCACUCGUAAAGGCAAUAAGAUUCGGUUUGCCAACCAUUCCAUUAACCCGAACUGCUAUGCCAAAGUGAUGAUGGUGAAUGGAGACCACCGUAUUGGCAUUUUUGCAAAACGGCACAUUCAGUCUGGCGAAGAGUUGUUUUUUGACUACAGAUAUGGGCCUACUGAACAGCUCAAGUUUGUUGGCAUUGAGAGAGAACUGGAAUUCUUGUGAUUUUCACUGCGGGUUUGGUUGAUCCUUGCAUCUCUUGUGUGCUACACGCUGUGGGCUACAUAAUUGAAUUUC